GCAGGUUUUAGAGAAUAUGACUGAAGUCAACAUCUACUGAGGCGCAGCGUGAGCUGAGAUCAGUGAGGAGGAACGGUUCUAGUGCUAUGUCCUGAGUGUGUGCCAAUGGCGGCAGGUGUGGAGCCAGGGAUAGAGCCACAGAGGAGGCCGUCCUGGCCUGUACUCCUGCUCACACUGGCAGCUGUCACCUCCUCCUCGCUCUCUGCUUUGUCGCUUUACCAGCAGGUGAGCCUCCGUGCAGAGGUGGAGUUGCUCAAGGCUGAAGUCUGCUGCAGGAGACAGGAGGGACAGGAGGGCGGGCACAUAAGCCAGAUGGACAAUAUUUGUGCCAAGACAAGGAACCAAGAGACUCUGCAAAGGCCUGAGUCAGAGAAUGCUGCAAAACUGACAAGGAAAAAGAGAUUGACCACUAGUAAAGAAACAUUAGUACCCCAGCCGUGUUUGCAGUUUAUGGCAAAUGACAGCAGGAAACCCUUUGAUAAAGACUUUGACUUUGAUGAACACACUGGUAUCCCUUGGCAAACAGGCCUGAGGCGAGGUACUGCCUUGGUGGAGGACCAGGACAGAAUACGGAUCAUACAGGAGGGCUACUACUAUGUCUACAGCCAGGUCUACUACAGGGACACCCAGGUCGCCAUGGGCCAAGUGAUCAUCAGGUGGAAGGCCAAUGUGGUGGGGAACGAGGCUCCUCAUGUGGUUUUGUUCCGCUGCAUCAAAAAUAUGAGACAAGAAUACUCUUUUAACACCUGCUACACUGGUGGUGUUGUGAAGCUGGAAUCUGGGGACCACUUGGAGGUGCUGGUUCCCAGGCCCAAAGCCAACAUUUCCCUGGAUGGAGAAGGCACCUUCAUGGGAGCAAUCAAACUAGUGUGACAUAUUUCAUCUUAAUCCUCAUUAGUGUCACCUUGUACAAAAAUGCAUUUCUUUUAUCAGUAGUUUGCCAAAUCAAAUAUCACCUCAUGACAUGAUCAGUUUUUAUAAACAUUUAUUUCUAAAUAUUUCACAUAUAAAUCACCUCUGGACAAUAGAUGACAUCAUCUGGUGUGGAUUGGUUGCUACUCUAGUUGAUAUCACUAGAGGGAGCUUCAAAGAGGAACUGCACCCUGAGAGAGCGAAAGCAAACAGGCAGAGAUGAAGCUAUAAACCUGUCUAAAUUGUUACUGAUGCUCUGUAUGUGGUAACUUCAUGAGAGGGGCUGCUGAAUGAGGAGGGACAGCCUGAGGACACCAGAGAACCUGAGAAGCUGAGCACAUAUUUACAUUACGCAGGAGGCACAAAUGGAAAUCUAUAUCAAUGCAUUUCUCCAAAUACAGUAUGCUCAGAGAAAAGAUUUAUACAGAAAGACAUUUGCUUGUCGAAAUCACCUACACAGUUCAUAUAUUCUGUUAAAGCCCCACUGUGUUACAUUGUUGGCA